AGGCACUAUCAACAGAGGCUGUGUGUGCUGUUCACUCUUUUCUAUCUAAGCCCUUCGGCUUUAUCGGUCUCUCCUUCUUCUUGGACCCUACAGACCUCCCGGGACCCGGGGCCAAAUCAUGUUUCCUCGUGUGCUUCCUCUGCUGCUGCUCUGUAUCUCCACAGGCUUGGCUGCCACGCUCAUCCAGGCCUCUGCUGAUGCAGCUGCGGUGGAUUCUCCAGCUGACGGCUCCGUUCUGCCUGAAGCUCAGGCUGGUGAAACCCCAGAUGACAUCCUGAUGGCAGAUGCCCCUGUUGAGAGACAACCUGCAGAGACCCAGAGCUCCACGCAAGAAUCUGAAGAUGAUUCAAGCUGGGGCUUGGGUUCUAUCAGAGGGAGUUUCCAGGCAGUCAAUGGCUAUUUUGACUCUAUACUGGAGGUGAUGGGGGGUCGAGACGGUGUAUGCCAGUACCGCUGUAGAUAUGGUAAAGCUCCUCAACCUCGUCCUGGAUAUCAAAUGCCCGAGCCUGACGGUUGUAGCACCUCGUUGCUGGGCUUCCAGGUACCUAACAGUUUUGAUAUGGGCGUCCCAGCCAUGACCAAAUGUUGUAAUCAGCUAGACAUUUGCUAUGACACCUGUGGUUCUAACAAAUACCGCUGUGACACCAAAUUCCGCUGGUGCCUCCAUAGCAUCUGCGGUGACCUGAAGAAGAGUCUGGGCCUCAUAGCAAAAGUUGAAGCCUGUGAGACCUUUGCGGACACCAUGUAUAACACCGUGUGGACUUUGGGCUGCAGGCCCUUCAUGAAUGGCCAGAGGGCAUCCUGCUAUUGUGAAGGAGAAGAGAAGGACGAGCUGUGAAGAUCUACAAACCACAAAAACACACCACCUUAAACACAUAUAAACACUUUUGUAGUUUAAACUACUCCGCACUAGGGCUCAGUAUUAGGAUGAAGUAAGACACCCUGGUCACAUUUCACCACAUUGAAAAAGAAACUGUUAGAAAGAUUUACCGCAGUGUACAACGGUGGUGGUUGUUGUUGGAUUCUCAUUAGUUAAUAUAGUUAAUUUAUUUAUCAUCAUUAUUUUUAUUUGAAAUAAUUGUAAUUGUUAUCAGCAUACGUUAAAUGCUGUAAAUGACCUACUACUGCAAUGUAUAAAUACUAUUGAUUUACAUUUACUAAUUUAAAUAAAAUAUUUAUUUGCUUUGCAGCAAAAGUUUUUUUUAAAUAAACAUUUUGCAUAAAUAGUCUGAUCUUCCUAAAAAUGUCACAAAGAUUCACCCACUAACUCUCAAACUGGUGCUAGUGAAUUUGUUUUAGUUCAGCAGAAACUUAAGGUUUACUCUGUAUGUGUGAAAGUGUCAUAUUAUGAUUUGGGUAGUGAUAUUUAUGCAAAUAAUGAUUGUCUGAAUAUCACGUUCUGAAAACUCAAACGUUCUCCUAAGCAAGUAGUUUUAUUGGAUUUUGUUUGAAAUGUAAUUAUAUGCAGAAUAGAAGGUAAACAGUAAUACACAUGAAUAUGUAUUUCACUGAGAGAGAGACAACAUGACUACAGACUGUGACAAAAAUAACUGUAUUGGCUGUAAAAUAAUUUUAUUCUACUCAGUAAAACAGUGCUGAGAUUAUACAGAAAUUAAGCAUUUUAAAACUGUAUAAUGCUGCUCAGUUUCUUGAUCUAAGCUUUUUUGAAACACCUAGAGGCUUUAUGUAGUAAAUAUAUAUGUCAGAAGUAUUGGAAGGAAGCAACUGUUGCAAAUUAUAAAUGUAAGAUUCCUGCAGAUACUGUAUGCAGAAUGGAUGUGUUUAAAUACAAUAAAGUAGCCUGUAGAUGGCGUUGUGGGUAGGA